GCUGAAUGUUCCCGUUAUAAAGACUCAGAGAACAGAGCAGAAAAUAGAUCCUGUUGUUUUCCUGCUCGGAAAAAAGAAGAAGAAGAAGAAGAAGAAGUUUUCUGCAGCUCUUAUCAAACUGAGUUCAUCGUCUCAGACCAACAUGAGUCACGUGGACGUGAAGAACCUGAAACCCUCCAGCUCUGAAGACGAGUAUUAUGAUGAAUAUGAAUAUUACAAUCUGAGCGAUAAAUACUCAGAGGGUUCGACUCGUAAAGGCAGAACAAAGAAGGAGGCCAGUGACAACACCAACAGACCAAACCCUGCAGGACACGAGAGGAAGAUCGUAGAGAAGCUUCAGAACAGUGAGAAGAAAACUAAAGAGUGAACAGUGAGGGACCUCGGACUGUUUCUCCCGGACACUGACCACUGACCAUGGCCUCCUUGGCGACAGAACGAGACGUGUGGACGGCAGGAGCGUGUUUGAGCACCGAUGUGGGGGGGGGGGGGUUGUACCUGGCUUGAAGAGGAGCCCACACAUCCAGAUGUUCCAGCUGCAGAGAUCCUUUUACCCAGCGGACACCGCGGCUUCUCGGCCUGAAGGUGUUGGAAAGCACUCACCUGUGGUGGCGUGCACGUGGACCGUGCACUGUGAUUGUGGUGGUGGGGGUUUGGUGAUUUCAAUGUGUUCAUUGAUUUUUUAAAAAGUCAUUUUUUCUAUUAAAACAUUUGAAGUGA